UCAACUCACUAUUUGUGUAACUGGGUUUGUCUAGAACUAACAAACCAAACGUUACUAAUAUUAAUUAUGGCACGUGCCUGUAACGAAAGGCGGGUAAUCAAUUUGGCUAUUCGAUGAACGUUCCUCUCUUCGAUUCAUCGUCUCAUUUCCCCCAUUUCAAUCUCUCUCUCUCUCUCUCUCUCUCUCUCUUCCUUUAUUUCUUCGAAGACUAUUAUCCCCCUUAGGUUCAUCUUCGACAGAGAAAUGACGACGAGUUUGGAUCGGUGGGAGAAGGAUCCUUUCUUUGCCGCUGCUGAAGAAGUUCAGGAAUCUGCCGACAGGAUGGAGUCAGCUUACAGGUCAUGGAUCAAGCGAGGCUCUUCGAAUGUAUGGGACUCUGAUCAGCUUCACAGGGGCCUUCACGCUGCUCUUGGAACCACCAAAUGGCAGAUGAAUUCCAACGAGCUGUUAAAUCUAGCUACGACAAUCGUCUAAAUGACGAAACUCAAGAUAGGCAUCGGGAGUUUACUUUCGUGAUGGAGACUCAAGUUGCGAAGAUAGAGAGAUCUCUCAAGGAAGCUGAUGAUGGCAAAGGAACUCCGAGAUGGGUGCGUUUGGACGAAGAUGAUCGUAACGAGCUUGCUCUCUUCUUGACUGGACCAUCUGAGUCUGAAAAGAAACAAGCAAAGACGCAAGGUCAUAGAAGGGCGGCUAGUGCUACUCCUGACAUUGGUGCUUGGAACAUUGCAGUUUCCAAAGACCGGUUAUUACAGAAAUCUUCUGGUGAGCCACCGGUUCGACCUCCACGGAAAGUUCCUAGCGUCUCCGGGUUCUUAAAUUUUAUGGAGCCUGGCUCCAAAAAUUGCGUUAGGAAGUGGAAGGCCUUGGAUCGACAAGGAGACUCUGAUGCUGUGUUGUUAUUGCCCAUCCAAGCGAACCAGGUAAGAUCUCCAAACAAGAGUUGUAUGGAGUGUGAAGAGGAUUGUUAUGAGAAGCAGCUUCACGGUUGGUAUGGAGCUAUACAGAGGCAGCUUCAACGGUCACAGUAUCGAAUGAGAUAUAGUAAAACCGUUCAAGCUACGAUUUGGAUUCUUCUUUUACUUUUUCUUAUAGGUAAAUAUUUACUAAACCGAACUUUCUUCCCCCUCUGCAAGUUAAUUAGUAUUUGAGAUUUGGCAUGCAGUGGUAGUCGCAACGCAUGCAAUGUAGAAGACAGGUAUGAAUACGACGCUGGAGAGUUCAUUCAUCUUCGUUAUGAGACGGAUUUGGCAAAGUCUACAUCCUUAACUGUACAGUAGUAUUAUCACUGAGUUUGAUUCUCUUGUAACAUAGAAAUGCAUUUUUUUUGGUUCGAGUAAACAACAUUCUAGUUUUGAACAUAUGUUUUGUAAAACAGAAAUGCAUUCUUGAUUUUGAUUAUUUGAAAUAUGAUUCUUAUU